ACAUUCCCAACCCUGAGUCUUCUGAGUCAUGCAGGUGGAUCGUGGAUCACUGCAUAGUAGUUGACUCCAAUGUGCCUCCAUAUGAAGGGCGUUGGCUAUUAAAAAUUUUUCAAAAAAAUUUAGUUAUAAAAUAUGUAUAGCCCUUCAAAAAUGCUGCGUAUAAUUUAUUUCUUCACAAUAUUAUUAACAUUUUUUCACAAUUCACAUUCGUUAUUACAAGAGAAAUCGGGAUGUUUUAUACCAAUUGUAAUAAGAGGAUCAUGGUUUUCAUGGGAAACUGGUCAAAAUACAUUAACAGAAAUAAAUGCCGAGACAAUGUCGGACAGAGGAUAUUGUAUUGAUGUUCACGAGGAGUAUCAUACAAAUUAUACAUUUGUAUUUAAAAAUAAUAAUUGUUACCAUUGCGUUAAAUUAAUUGUAAGAACAGUUAAUGUUCUCGAAAAACUUGAACUAAAGUGCGUGAAUUUACCACCUGGAGUUGAACCAACAGUGAAAAAUGUUUGCGAAGGACUGCGACCCGAUCAACAAUUGGUUACGUUAUUUUCGGAAAAUCCUGUUCCAAUUAAUUGUAGAUCGUCUCUUGAAGGUGUUUGGCAAUUUGCCUAUCAGAAUCGUUUCAGAUUCACAGGUGUUUGUGAUAAUCCAGAUGCACAAAUUAAAUCGUGUCAAACAGCAGGAUCACAAUUUUUGAUUACUAAUCAAAAAUUUAAUAUCACUUACAAAAAGUGUCCGGGAAUGAAGGAAACAUUUGACGGAGUUGUGGAAUACAGUUGUCUUGGUCAUUGGUUCGUUGGGAAAAAUCAUUUCUUCGCAGUGGCGAAUACAAAAGAAUCGCGAAAAGACGAAAAAUAUAGAUGUUUUUUGAAAAAUCGUGAUGACGAUCUUUAUAUUGGCGUAUCAAUAACGGCUGAAUGUAAUACAUUAAAAACUGUUGAACAAAGUCCAGAACGUUUGAGAAUUACUCCAGUCAAGGCGGAAGUUGUUGAACCAGGCUGUCGAUUACCACAGAAUAUGACAGGAAAAUGGAUUAAUACUGCAAAUGUUGAUGCAAAUGUUGUUAUUAAUGAAACACAUAUUUUGGAAACAUGGAAUCCAGAUCAAGGUAGAUCGCGUGAUGUUACUUAUGUCUGUCAGGAGCAAAGAGGAACGCGAGUAAUGAUGGCAAGAUUAACAGUCGAUGGAUGUCAAAAGGAUUAUAUUUGUUUCGACUUUGUGCCACAGCAUCACAAUAUAAUUCGAUACAGAAAAGGAGUGGCUGUGAUAAAAAAUGAAUUUUCCACCGUUUGCUCAUGGGUUCAAUUUAAAAAUCAAGUUAAUUGGAAAUAUGAUUUGUUUCUCGCACAAAAUCCUGUACCAGUAAGAUGUCCAGUUGCUGGGAAAUUUAAAUUUGAACAACGGGGUGAUGAUUUAUUUAAAACAAGAAUUCUCGGCGGUGUUACACUUUCUCCACGUCCAAAUCUUUAUUGUAAACAAAAUAUUUCCGAUUUUUCUGUAUGCGAUACGGAUCAAAAAGAAAUUGCCAUCGAUGAAACAUAUUGUCUUACUGUCGAUCAUUUGGGAAGACCAGUUGAUAUAUACAGUGAACCUGACUAUAUAAUGAAAUGCAUUGGCUAUUGGAAGGAGAAUUUAAAAUCAUAUUUAAUUACAUACGAUGAUAGAGAUCCAUACAGUAAAUAUCGUUGUUGGGUUUAUCAGAGAGCGGAUUUAAAUCGUGUUCUUAUGUCACAAGCAGUUGGUGCAUUUUGUGGUAUCAAUCAAGAUGUGACAAGUCAAAAUUAUACUGAAAGCGCCGCAGUUGCUUUAAAAAUGGAGGAAUAUGAACGAGAAAGAGAUCAGUGUCCAAUGCAUUUUGACGAUGGUAGUGAUCCGUGGUUAAAAACUGAAAACUAUAUAAAAGUAUUUCAUUUUGGUGGUGCAGGAACAGCCACUUUAUCACCCUUAAUAUUUUCAAUUAUUUUUAUCGCUCUCUUAAAUUAUUUCCGAUAAGAAUUUCAAUAAUUGAAAUUUUACAAAAUUCAUUUGGAUUCUAAAAUUGAAUUCCGUCCAAUUUUUUAAUAGAUAAAAAUUAUACAUAAAAAUUAUACUUUUGUAUAUUUUUAUAUUUAAGAUUAUGAGAAUCUCAGAUUUUAUUAUCUUUAUUGUGUGAUAGUAAUUUUUUAUACAAUUUUUUUAUUUACUAAAUUACGUUAAUAAGUCUUGAAAAGAAAAUUUUAAUGAAAUGAAUUUAAAAUAUUUUCAGAUAAGGAUUUUUGUUCCUUAAAGAGAUUUUUUUUUACUUAUAAAGUAUUUUUAAUAAUUUAAUAUUCCGUCCAUUAUAUAUAGUAUACAAUUACUAACGAACAAAAUUGAUACAAGAAUAGAAUUAAAAAUAUAUGGUUAAUAAAAAAGAAAUAUUAAGAAGAAUUUUUCAAAAUCGUUAGUUUUUAAUAAAAUUAAUGUGCCUUAAAAAGAUUAAAAACUUUCUAGUUUAACUGUAUAGCAUAAUAGUUUUCAUUUUCUUUUUUAUAGUGUAUUUUAGUUAAGAGAAUAUUAAAUACAAUCAUAAAAAAAAAAAUUAUGUACUAUUAAAAAAGCAAUUAUGCUUAAACCAAAGCCAAUUUCCAUCUAAGUUUAAAUAUGUGUAUAAUUUUAAAAGACUGUUGAUUGGAUAUUGUCUUGUUUUAAUUAAAAAAAAAAGAGGAACUAGAAUACUAUAUAGAAAUAUAAAAUUUUCUAUAUUUUUAGUAUUCAAAUUCAUUUUAUAAAAUAACAUGUCGCUAGAUUAUAUUUUUUAACUGUACAAAAAAAAAUAAUUGUUCAUUUAAAUUAAGAUUGUUCUAUCAAAUGUAUAAAUUUAUGUAAAUCCUUUUAAUUACAUGAGAUUUUUCGAUUUAAAUAAAAAAAAAUAAUUGAAAAUAAAAAUUAAAAUGUCAAUUUUAAUUCAGCCAUAUAGCUAUUUAUUGAAACACAUUAAAUGAAAAUUAACAGUAAUUGAAUUUGGUAUUUAAAUUUUAACAAAACGCAGCUCUAACAUUAUUUUCAAUUGAUAACCUUGCAAGGAACAUAAUAAUUAUUUAAGCAAAUGGCUAUAAUCAAAUAACAUUUAAAAUAUUUAUACAUAGCUAGGUAUAUUUUUUUUUUGGUAUUUUAACUUAAUUAAAAAAAAAAACAGAGAAGAAAGAAAAAAGUAAUAUUAUGUGUAGAAAACAUUUGAUUUACACAGCCUUGCGAUUGAUGAGUAUAUGAGUUUUAAAUAUAAUGCUGCUCGAGUUUGAAAAUGCUGUUAAAGUGCUUCGUCGACAUUUAACUUUAAAUAAUCUAUUGACAAUUUUCUUUACACGCAGAAAUACGGAAUAGAUAUUUUUAAAAGAUUGUUUUUAAAUCUUUUUUUUUCUCUCCAUAACACACACAAAAAAAAAUGCCUAAAUAUUAAA